AUGGUACUAGAGAGAAGUUUGGUGAAGAUUCAUAUAUUCCAACAGAGAUUACAGUUUAUAUCAAGCUUGCUUACCAGUCCAAAGUUUUACCGAGCCUUGAACAAUGUAUUCAGUGAUCCUUCUAAAUUGGAUAGAACGUUGGGGACAUUAUGCUAUCUUGCACUAUUUGUGAGUGCUAUCUUGAAGAAGUAUCCUAAGUUUAGGCGUAAAAUACAAGAAGUUGUUGUUUACCUGGAAAGACUGACAGCCGUGUUUUACAAUAGUACCAUACAGAGGUUUAAGUUAAAGCAUGGGCUCUUUGAAAUUUCCGAGAAUGAUCUUAGCCCUACAUUGAAAGAUGAUGAAAUUCCACCAAAAAUCGCCAAUAUAGCUGCAACUCUUGGUGACUUUUCAUCAUAUAUUUCGGAUAUUCGAAUAUUCAAUCGUGGGUUUUCCAUUCCUGGUUGCAUAGCUGAUAUGUUGGAGGCCUCCUCAUUGCUAAAAUGUGGAAAUGUAUAUGACUUCAUUUCAACUUGGUGCAUAUCUCUCUAUCAACCAGCCGAGACGAUUGCAUUCUUAUUUGAUCAUAAUUGGUUAUUGCGUGACAGGCAAGGGAACAAUUGCUUGUGGUGGUAUGCUGUUUCUACUCGCUUAUGGUUUGUGUGGGUGGUGGCGGAGUUAGGAAAGGUAUCCCUAGCUAUUCUCAGAAAGAGGGGUAGGCACAUUCCCAAGAGUCAAUUUAUUGAAUUUAUUGAACAUUUGGCUACGUUGCCGUUAUGCGUUCAUUGGAGCUUGGAAGAUGGAUGGUUAAGUCCGUUGAGUGUUGGUUUUUUUGGAACACUAGCCGGGGGCUUAACAACCAUUGAUAUGUGGAAAGACAUAUGCAGAGAUCUAGGGAAAAAAGACUUAAGAAAUCAAUUAUAA